AUGUACCUGCCGCCACAUGAACCAGACUCGCCAACGACACCUCACACCGCAAACGCACCCAUCAUCCUCCCCUCCACCCUCCCCCCCCCUCCGGCGCCCGCCAUGCCCCCCACCUCCCGCCUCGCCACCCUCAACGAGCUCCCCCUCCCCACCUUCCUUGCCCAACUCUGGCCCCGCGACGACCCCCGCGUCGAGACCCCCGGCCCCGCCGACGGAGGACCGUGGCGCGUCCGACUGCGCGCGUCCGACGGGCUCUCGGAAGCGGAACUGACGGCGUGUUUCCGGCUGGUGCGGGAUUCCAGCGCCGCGGACUACGGGGCCUCGGCCUCCGGGUGGCGGCCGGGGAGGAAGCGCGAGGAGAUGCGGUUGCGGGACCUGCGGUACAUGUUGCUGGGCCGGUCGGCGGCGGGGGGGGAGCCGGAGGGGGAGGAGUGUUUGCCGGUGGGUGGGUUCUUGUCGUUUAUGCUGACGUGGGAGGAUGGGAUUGAGGUCAUCUAUUGCUAUGAGAUCCAUCUGGACGAGAGUGUGAGGGGGAGGGGUGUGGGAAAGCGGUUGAUGGGACAUUUGGAGGAAGUGGGCAGGAAGGCUGGGGUGGAGAAGGCGAUGUUGACGGUGUUUAAGAGGAAUAAGGCGGCGAUGCAGUUCUAUGAGCGGUUGGGCUACGAGGAGGAUGAGUAUUCGCCCAGGCCGAAGAAGUUGAGGAAUGGCGUUGUCAAAGAGUUGGAUUAUUUGAUCAUGUCGAAGUCACUGAUCGGUGGGGUCAAGAAUCACCAGGAGGAGGGACAGAGGAAACGAAAAGCUGGAUGA